AUGUCAUCGGACACUCACCGUACUAAUGGCGAGCAGUUUGCUGCCAUGGGCUAUCAUGCUUCUUCUGCCUAUGCCUCACAUCAACAACAACAACAGCAACAUCCCGGCUCAGGCUAUCCUGAUUUUUCUGCAAGGCCAGUUUUCAAUUCUCAAAGAAACAUUAGCUCGGGUACACAACAACCUGUGGGGCAAUCGCGGUCAGGGUCGAGUGCACUGGGGAUUUUGGCAGAUGUGGCUCUGGCUGGAGGCGGUAUUCCUAAUUUUUCCACUACUCAACCAAAUGUCCCGCAAACUACUACAGGACAUGUGCAACCUAGGGGCACUUCAACUACAAUGAGCAUGAACAUGAACACACAUCCUCCAGUUUCCCAUUCCACUGGUCUUCCUCCGGCGAUGUACUUCACUCCGCCGGCCACGGCUGAAUACACUCAAAACAGAUCCGCCAAUCCUGCUACUGUUCCUGGAAAUACCUAUCCCUGGACACCUCUCACCAGUACUAUUAUAGGUUCGAGCCCCUUUGCACAUCCUCCCAACCACAAUAAUCAACUCCCGUCCAUAUUCGAAACCGCUGCGGGUCUUCGGUCCUUUGCCAUGUCAGGUGCUUCCAGUAUCAGACCUCGAUGUGUGAAUAGGACUAUCACCGGCUCAGAGUCUCGACCUUCUUCUUUUUCUUCAGCCGCAGUUAAGAAAAAGUCUAGCUAUAUCAUUGAGCAGAUGGAAAAAGUCGACAAGGUGGAAAAGGACAGCGUUGGGCGGGUUAGAGACAGAACAAAUUAUUUUGCCUACUCUCAGGCUCAGGCGGAUACUGUUACUUCUGCUGGAGAUUCUGAAGAUGAUACUCACGACGAUGAGGGAAAGGAGAAGGGUGCUGUGAAAAGUGAGCGAGAGUCGACGCGAGACAGACCUGGGGAUAAAUACGUGAGAAUGUUUCAGGGGCCGGAACAGCAGAGAUAUGAGGAGGCAAUGUUGGAAAUCCUCGAUGGUAUGGAACUGCCUCGGUCAUCUGAUCAAUGA